AUGGGAGACAACUCGCCGGAGACUAGAAAAACCGGUUGUGGCUUGAUAAACGCAGUUUUCGGGAGACGAAGUUUGCGGCCGAAGAAAACGACAGCAUCCACCGUCCAUCUCCCAACGCCGAGCGGCGACGUCAAAACGACAACGGCCCAUGACCCGAAACGACGUCGCGGUGGCAGCUCCGACGAGGUCGCCUUCCUCGGCUCCUCGCCGCCGCAGCCGAAACCCCUCAGGGGAAUUUCAUCGAACAUCCCGAGGACGGCCGCGCAAUCCGCGAACGACAAAAACGACACCACCAGAAGACCUCAAACGGAUGCCAGUACGCCUUAUCAGGUUUACGUCAACCAAGGAAGGAGAGUCCCUAAGGAAGCGGUGGGCAUAUCGGGAGAGCUCGAGAGCAUGAUCGUCGACCAUCAAAAGAACAAAGGAAGCAGCAACCUCGUCCGGGCCUCGUCGAGCAACGUCAUGCUUUUCGGUAACUUGGGAAACUUGAGACAAAACGGCAACGGCGGUGGGAACAAUACGACGUCGUAUAACAACAUCCGACACGCGAAAAACGUGAUGAAUAAUGAAAAUAAUAAUGGCAAUGGCGGUGAAGAAGAGAGUAGUCGGGCGGCGGGUGCUGGGUCGUUGUGCCGAGCGUUGUCGACGAGAAUGGACCCAGAGACGUUGAAGAUGAUGGGGAAUGAGGAUUACAAGAACGGGAGAUUUGCGGAGGCGUUGGCUUUGUACGACGCAGCGAUUUCUAUUGACCCGAAUAAGGCUUCUUAUCGGAGUAAUAAAAGUGCGGCUUUGACGGCUCUUGGGAGGCUUCUUGAGGCGGUUUUUGAGUGCAGGGAAGCCAUUCGGAUUGAACCACAUUAUCAUAGAGCUCAUCAUCGUUUGGCCACCUUGUAUCUCAGAUUAGGAGAACCAGAAAAGGCGACAUAUCACUACAAACAUGCAGGGCAAGAGGCAGACCAAUAUGACCUUGCUAAAGUCAAAUCACUUCAAACACAUCUCAACAAAUGUACUGAGGCUCGCAGAUUACGAGAUUGGAACACUCUGAUUAAGGAAACCGAAUCUGCCAUAUCAACUGGUGCAGAUUCAGCCCCACAGAUAUAUGCUUUGCAAUCGGAGGCUUUAUUGAAGCUCCACAGGCACCAAGAGGCAGAUAAAACACUGUCUAGAGGUCCAAAUUUUGAUGUUGAUGAAUGUACUAAAUUCCUUGGGCCUAUUGGUAAUGCAAACUUGUUAGUGACCCGGGCUCUUGUUGACAUGGCCGUUGGCAGAUUCGAUGAUGCUUUGGAAGCAGCUCAACGAGCAAUUCAACUCGAUUCAAACAACAAAGAAGCAAGCAUGGUGAUGAGAAAGGCUCGAGCGGUGGCAGCAGCUCGGUCGAAAGGAAACGAGCUGUUCAGAGCGUUGAGAUUUUCGGAGGCCUGCAUUGCUUAUGGGGAGGGACUUGAGCAAGAUCCUUACAACUCCGUCUUGUUGUGCAACCGUGCUGCUUGUCGGUCUAAACUCGGGCAUUUGGAAAAGGCUGUUGAGGACUGCAUGGCUGCCCUUAAUGUUCGCCCAGCUUAUAGCAAGGCUAGGCUAAGAAGAGCCGAUUGCAAUGCCAAGUUGGAAAGAUGGGAAGCCUCAAUACAAGACUACGAGAUUUUGCUGCAAGAGACACCAGAAAAUGAGGAGGUGAAAAGAUCCUUGUUGGAGGCUCAGGCAUGUCUAAGAAAACGACUAGGUAGAGACGCAGAGGAGGCGGAAAACGGUGGAGCCACCAGCUUUGAUUCGCCGUAGCCAAUUGAUGGAGGUCCAAAGCUUGACAUGAACAAGGCAAAA